AUGGAUAGUUCAGGAGUUUUUUACACAUAUCCUACUCUGGGUGAUAAGCCGUUGCAGAGCCUUGAAGAAGUUGGAAGUGCUGUUGAUUCCUAUGCUUGUCCCAAUGAUGCUUUCAAAGAAGGAACGUGCUGUACAGGAACAUCUUUACUUCCCAAAUGGCACCAGCAAGGUCUACACACAAGGGCUCAAGUAGCGAAGAGGGAACAUGACAAACUUCGGAGACUGGUUGAAGCUUUACUGGACAAGCGGAAUGACGAUGAGGAUCUUGUGGAUGAACUCGAAGAAAUUGUUCAUUGGCAAUCAAUCUGCGAAGGUGUCGAAUGGUACUAUCAUCUCAAUAUCACUGUGAAGACCAAAGAGGGUGCCGAUGAUGCGGGCAGCACCAGUCUAUUCUUCGUUGAAGUCGCAUGUGAUUCAAAUGAUAUCACAGGAUAUUAUAUCAACACUUUCUCCAGGGUUAACACUGAUGGCCAGGAUGGAGCUACCUGCCAUGGCUGUACAAACAAUAAAAGUGAUGGUAUGAAGCACCCGUGUGCUGCUUCAUUCAAAGGCGGCCACAUGAACAUCUGUUUCCCACUUGGUUUUGGUCCCUGUAAUGAGAAGCAGUGGGUCGACUCCGGUAACACUGAUGAAGAACUGAUAAAAAGAGAGGAGAAAAGGAUAAGAGAAUUCUUUGAGUUCCUUGAUGAUGCUGAAUUUUUGGAGAAUAUGCGCUGCAAACGUCUUAAUUAUCCACGGAAACAUGAAAUACAUCUCCAGGUUCGAGUCCCAAUCUCCUUCAAUGUGUUAGUAGUUGUGUUUUGUCAAGUUUUUUGUCCGAUUCCCACGUGAAUCUUUAGAUGUUUAGAGGAAGAAUACCUGAAAGCUCCUGGAUGUUGGUAGUGUUACCAAACUGUUUUUUAGUUCCGAGCCUGUUUUCUGGCGACCUGCUUGUGAGAAGAAUAGGGCACUUGCCUCUGAACGGCUCAGUAGUUUGCUUGGGUUUGUAUACACCCUGAAACUUGAUUGUUCGGAGGUCACUAAAUCUGUUUGGUGUCCAUUUUUGGUGUUUGAAACUGGUCAGCUAUUUGUUUUCCUUUGCUC